AUGUUCCAAUUCCAAUCCCUCUUCAUUUUCUCAUUCCUCAUCUCCAAGACCCUUCAACAGACCUAUGGAUGCACUUCCACUCCCGAACCGGACCUCAAUGGUGCCUGUCCGGAUACGUACACCUACAUAACCGACAGUGGAUGUUGUCCGGCUGCGGACACCUACAGUAGGAAUAUACACUUUUGAAGAGAGACUUCUAGACAACGUUCCUUACAGCCAUCACCACAACUGCUGCCGCGACAACCACCACUACCACUUCCACCACUUGCGUCGACCUGACAAACCCAUCUACUGGAGUCAGUGACUGUCCUGGAAUGGCAUCUUACUGCACCAACGCUGUCUACCUGACCCUGAUGAAGCAGCAGUGCCCGAAGACUUGUGGAUACUGUAAGUUACUAAAUCCUGAACUUGAAACUGUAAAUCUCCCUUCAGGUACUUCGUCUGCCACCACCACCGCCUCCUCUUCCUCUUCCACUUGUGUCGAUUUGACGAAUCCUUCGACUGGAGUCAGUGAUUGCCCCGGAAUGGCUUCUUACUGUACCAACACUGUCUACCUGACUGUCAUGAAACAACAGUGUCCGAAGACUUGUGGAUACUGUAGGUUACUAAAUCUUUAACUUGAAACUAUAAAUCUCUCUUCAGGUACCUCUUCUUCCGCAACCACUACCGUUUCCUCUUCCUCCUCCACUUGCGUUGACCUCACCAAUCCUUCGACUGGAGUCAGUGACUGUCCAGGAAUGGCUUCCUAUUGCACCAAUGCUGUCUACUUGACCUUGAUGAAGCAGCAAUGCCCAAAGACUUGCGGAUACUGUGAGUCCAGUUUAAUGAGUCCAUAUAAACAGGAACAUCCACUCCAGGCACCUCUUCAACGUCUUCUUCCACCACUUGCGUCGAUCUUGUCAACUCUUCCACUGGUGUCAGUGACUGUCCAGGAAUGGCAUCUUACUGUACGAAUGCCGUCUAUUUGACCCUCAUGAAACAGCAGUGCCCGAAAACUUGCGGAUACUGCACCUAA